UAGGACACGUCGGGGGAGGACUUUUGGUGUUACUCUAUCCGGGUUCAACAUCACUUCGUCCCGUUUGUUUUCAAUCCACGUGUGUGCAGAAAUGUGCGGAUAUCUUUAAUGCAGAUAUUUAUUUCUGACUGUAAUCAGCUGAUUCGGUACGGAUCCUCGGUUUAGGUGAAGACAUGGACCUCGCCGCGAAGGAUUCUUAUAUUCAGAAACUUGCAAGUAAAGUCAUUUCUCAGAGAGAGGAGCCAAAGAAGAGAGCUUUUGUUCAUUUCAAGGGUAAAAGUGACACCGAUCCUCCAAGUAAGAAGAAAAAGAAACUAAAGAAGAAGAAUGUGAGAGAGAACAGCACUGAUAGGACUCCCAAACACCAACAGAAACCUAAUCCUUCUCCAGCAACUCCGAAAAGCCUUGGGAAGACAAAAUCAACUAGUGAAAGUUUGAACGGAAGCACGUUGCACACACCUAAAGACACAAGCUUCUCCACUGUGGAUGCAUUGCGCAAAAGACUCCAUGAGAAGAUUGAAGAGUCCAGAGGGCAGGGAGCUCCACAGGAUGCAUUAUCCGAAGCCGUCAAGGCAAAGCGCGCAAAGCGAAAGAUGGAACGGGAGCGCAAGAAGAGGAAGAGGAAGGAGUUUCUGAUGAAGAAACUCCCAGAACAAAGCGGUCAGGAACAGCCCGCGGAGAUAAAAGAAGAACCGAUUGCUCCUGCCGCGGAUAAAAGGGUUACAUCGGCUGUUAUCUUUAACAAAGUAGAGACGGUGGACAAGGGCUAUGAAACCAAAAUUCAGGCAAAGAUGAAGAAGAAAAAGGGCGAAAAAGGUAAAAUAACGCCACUGACUGGGAAGAACUACAAGCAGCUUCUGAGCCGAGUGGAGGCUCGCAAAGAGAAGCUGGAGCGGCUGAGAGAGAAGGACGAGGCCAAGGCUUCUGAGAUGGAAAACAAGAUCAAAUGGACCAACAUGCUCUACAAGGCCGAGGGCAUCAAGAUCAAGGAUGACGAAGACCAACUGCGCACCUCUUUGAAGAGGAAGGAGAAGAGGCGUGCGCAGAGGAAGAAGAAGUGGACUAAUCGAAGCGAGCAAGUGAUUGAGAAGAUGCAGCAAAGACAGGACAAGAGGAGGAAGAACCUCCAGAAACAAAAGCAGGGUAAAAUGGAGAAGAGGAAGAACAGAGCGAGGAAGAAGGGCAGAGUGCUGCCUGAGGACUUGAAGAAAGCAGCAGUUUAGAGGAAGAGAAGUUCAGUGAUAUACAGCUUGCUCCAUAAUAAAAUUGCAUUUUUGCAUAUUCUGAGUAUCAGUGAAAUCUUGCUGUGGAAUGUGUUUAUUUUAACAAAAGUAAAGGAGUUAUUGUCUAGAUAAAGCCUCUUUGCUUUUUUUUUUUUUGUCAUACUACAUAUACAUAUGUGUAUAAUAUUUCACAUUUACCUAAAAGUUUUGUUCUUGGGUUUCAAAAAUGUUUGAAAAUUAAACCUUUGCCUUCUACAUA